CAGAUUUACAGUAUUUAAAGAAAACUGAAACGAACUUAAUGCUCAAAGAUUACACUCUCUUCUCCUUUACUGCACUCUGAAACCUUAAAGAAUGAUAAUGAAGACUCUAUUACUUGCUCUGUGUCUCGCCUUGAUGCUGUUGAGCGGGUCUGCCCUGAAAUGCAACAACUGUGUUCCACGUUCAGGCGGCAGAUGCACCAACACUGUUGAAACCUGUGGCUAUAAGAAAGAUGCCUGUAUCUCUGCUCGAUUCACAAACUAUCCCUUUAACUAUUUCCGGAGAUGCAUCGCUAUGUCAGACUGCCUUCUUCUCCAAAGCACGUCUGGGAUUGUAGCCCAAUGCUGUCAGAGGGACCUCUGCAAUUAGGGCAGUGACAGACCAUGAACAUGAAAAGAAGAAUCUAAAAAAUUUUUGAUCAUUCUUUUUUCUGUUCUGUAAAUUCCUAAUUGUAUUUUUACCAACAUCAUUAAUACUGUAUGCGCAUUUUUGUGGCUGGUUCUGGUUUUAUCUAAACAAAACCUGGAAAUACUUCCUAAAUAAAAAUACAUACAUGA